AUGAAAGGACCACCUGGCGCACCCGGGGAACCUGGCGCCAUUGGACCAGACGGAAAAGACGGCCCACCAGGACUGCAAGGCAGAUAUGUCUCACAGCCUAUGGAGUUUCCAAAAGGAUGCAUCCGAUGUCCUGCUGGAGCUCCUGGUGAACCUGGACAAGACGGUCAACCAGGUCCUCCCGGAAACGAUGGAGCAGUUGGAAAACGGGGAGAACCUGGACUGGAAGGAGAUGGUGGACCUCGUGGAGAAACUGGUGAUCAGGGUGAACCUGGCAUGGAUGGCCAG